AUUAGAAAAAGGGAAGAUUACCUUUCCAAAAAAUGUUAAAUUUUUCCUUUGGGCAUCACCACCACCUGGUUCUCCUAUAAUUCCCCUGUCCGUGUCUCUUAUAUUUCAUUCUAAUUUCCCUUUCACACCCAGAUCCAGUGGAAAAAAAGCAGCCUCACUCUGCACAUUUGUAGCUGCUGCUGCUUCUACAAUGUCCUAAAACAAUGGGUACCCUGUGAGUGAAGACCCUCCAAAGCAAUGGCAGCAAAGUCCAUCCAUGCCUGGUUUUGAUGGCAAAUUAUAAGCUCACUACUCUGUUCCUUCUCCUCUUUCUUCUCACCUUUUGCUUCCUUGCUCCUCCUGCAAUCUCCACUCUCUUUUCUUCCGAAAAAGCAGGGAUUAAGCAGCAAGGGUUUCAAGAUGAGCCAUUUGUGGGCGUGAACAUAGGCACGGACUUGACGAAUUUUCUCUCGCCGGCCGAUUUAGUGGCGUUUCUGAAGGUGCAGAAGAUCGGUCAUGUCCGGCUCUACGACGCCGACGGCGAGAUUCUCAAGGCCUUGGCCAAGACCAACAUCUCCGUCGUCGUCAGCGUGCCCAACAACCAGAUCCUCGCCAUCGGCUCCUCCAACGCCACCGCCGCCACCUGGGUCGGCCGCAACGUUGCCGCCUACUACCCCGACACGCUCAUCUCCGCCGUUGCCGUCGGCGACGAGGUCCUCACCACCGUGCCCUCUGCCGCCGCGCUCCUUAUGCCGGCGAUCGAGGCCCUCUACGGCGCCCUCGUCGCCGCCAAUUUGCAUACCCAGAUAAAAAUUUCGACCCCUCAUGCUGCCUCCAUUGUGUUCGACCAAUUUCCCCCUUCACAGGCCUUUUUCAACCAGUCACUAACUCCAGUUCUCUCGCCAUUGCUUCAAUUCUUGUCCCGCACCAAGUCUCCAUUGAUGAUGAAUCUCUACCCUUACUACGUUUUUAUGGAGAACAAAGGCGUUGUUCCAUUGGAAAACUCGCUUUUCAAGCCAUUGACGCCGUCCAAAGAAAUGGUGGAUCCGAAUACUUUGCUUCACUACACGAAUGUUCUUGACGCCAUGCUUGACUCGGUGUACUUCGCUAUGAAGAAUCUGAACAUUACUGAUGUUCCGGUGCUUGUAACUGAGACUGGCUGGCCUUCGAAGGGGGACUCGAAAGAGCCCUAUGCCACGGUUGACAAUGCCAAUACAUACAAUUCGAAUAUGAUCAAACAUGUGUUUGAGAGAAGUGGGACGCCUCUGCAUCCCGAAAUCACGUCCAGCGUGUAUAUAUACGAGCUGUUCAAUGAGGAUUUGAGGGCACCGCCGGUGUCUGAGGCCAAUUGGGGGUUGUUCUAUGGGAAUUCGACACCAGUUUACUUGCUCCAUGUUUCUGGCAGCGGGGCCUUUUUGGCGAAUGACACAACAAACCAGACGUAUUGUGUGGUUGUUGAUGGUGUCGAUACAAAGACCUUGCAAACGGCUUUGGACUGGGCUUGUGGACCGGGAAGGGCAAAUUGUAGUGAGAUUCAACCGGGGGAGGAUUGUUAUCAGCCUAAUAACGUGAUAAACCAUGCUUCGUAUGCGUUUGAUAGCUACUACCAAAAGGAAGGACGGAAUGCAGGAUCUUGUGAUUUCAAGGGUGCGGCCAUGAUCACUACCACCGACCCAAGUCAUGAGAAUUGUAUAUUUCCAGGAAGCAAGAAAGUAAGCAGUAACAAAACGAGGGAGGUAGUGAACUCAACAGAAACAAGUGGUGCCGAGACCAUAAGAUUUGCCGGUCUCCCAUCCAUCCGGACAAGCCCAUUGGACGCGGGUUUACAUAGCUUCUGGGGCUUUGCUUUCUCUCUAUUGUGUUAUUCAUUCAUUUCAUAACCUAUUCUCAAGAUCGCGGGUGCUGGGCAUUGCUCGACUUUUGAGCACUCGAUUGCAGGGGCAGAGGGUAGCCUUUUGUAACAUCGUCAUUGUACCUAACAUGUGCAUGAUUCAGGGAAAAGGGGGACCCCCCCGGGAGGGGGGGCGCGGCUUCUGGGUGGUACAGUGGGCAGCAUUGAAGGGGGUAAAAUGUGUGAUUUUUUGAGCUUUAAUAAAGUGGACAGAUGUGCAAAUUUGGAUUAUUUGGAGGUUCUGUUUUUGAUUUGUUCAGUUAGUUUAUUGAUUUUGAAGAGCAUGAAGAUCCAAGGCUGAAGAAGUGAGCUUUUUUGGA